AUGACUGACGAGCGAACACUGACCGGACCGAAAUCGGCCCACUACGCCGGUCUAAUGAGGAACGGUUACCGGGAACGGUUACUUGGAACUGCCGUAGUCUUCCCCUGGCUGGUGUCAAUGUGGGUCGUCGACAACCUGCAGUACUCGCAGCAGCAGUCAUCGAGCAACGAGAACGUGGCCAAUGGUAGUGACGGGAAAUUCGAAGAGGUCUACCGCUGGAAAGAGGUGGAUUUCGUCUACCCGUCACCCAAGGCGCGUCUCAAUGCGUUGGCUACCAAGGCGUUUAUACCUAAGAACAAUUUGCCGCUCGGGCUGGAAGUUACAACGGAUAAGGUGUUCGUCACUUUGCCAAGGUGGAAACAAGGAGUGCCAUGUAGUUUAGCCGUUUUGGACCGCCAUGACCCCAACCCUUCCCCUCGUCUACGGCCCUUCCCAUCCUGGAAGUGGCAUCAGCUGACGUCAUCAAGGGGCAGCAACAAGUGUGACGUCAUCACUUCGGUGUUUCGGAUGUCACUUGACCAGUGUGGCCGAGUGUGGGUUCUUGACUCGGGUUCUGUGGACAUUUUUGAAUCAGUCAACCAGCUGUGUCCUCCUCAGAUUUUGGUAUUUGAUGUCAACAGCGAGAAAUUAAGGUACGGCCUAGUAGUCUACGACUGGCAGAAUAACAAAUCCUGGCGAAUUUCCCACCCGCAUUUCUACCCCGAUCCAAUCGUUUCUCGCUACGACCUUGACGGCAUCAUUUUCCGAUGGACCGACGGAAUUUUCGGGCUAGCCCUGUCACCCCCCGACCCCAAAACGCAGGAAAAACUGCUCUACUUCCACCCCCUCUCAAGUUUCCGCGAGUUUUCCGUGUCCACCGAGAUCCUACGAAACGAAACUAAGUCAACUGAGGAACUAGAUUGCUUCAACGCUAUUGGACAACCACGUGGGAGGAAGGAUAGUCACGCUAGCGCCAGCGCGAUGGAUAGCGACGGAAUUUUGUACUACAAUUUAGUUUCAAAAUCAGCUGUUGGAUGUUGGAAUAGCAAAAACGGCCCCCAUUUGGAAUCUACCCAAGGGGUGAUCGAGACUAACAACACGACCCUUAGUUUCCCCAACGACCUAAAAAUCGAAACAAACGGAAACGAAAAGUAUAUCUGGGUAUUGAGUAAUCGAUUACAUAAGUAUUUGUACUCCAGUUUGAGCCCGGAUGAGUAUAAUUUCAGGAUUUUGAGGGUGAACGCUAGGGAGGCCGUGAAAGGUACUGUUUGUCAGCCCGGGGCUAGGGUUGGUCCUACCCAGCCCAUCUGUUAUGAGUUUUGAGUGUCAAAAUUUGUGUCAAAAAACUGAAAAUUUGUCAUAUAAUUUGAGUGAUUUCAAAAUUUGUGUCAAAAACUGAAAAUUUGUCAUAGAAUUCGAGUGAUUUCAAAUUGUUAACAAAUGAUUUUUGUAAAUCUAUUGGAGAAAUUUGUAUCAAAAUAUUAUUGAAUUGUCGUUAGGCUAGGGUUUGUCCCACUCAGUCCAUCUGUUAUGAGUUUUGAGUGCAAAAAUUUGUGUCAAAAAACUGAGAAUUUAUUAUAGAAUUGGUAUCAAAGUAUUAACGAAUGAUUUUUGUACAUGUAUUGUCGAAAUUUGUAUCAAAAUAUUAAUUAAUUGUCGUGGGGCUAGGGUUGGUACUACCCAGCCCAUCUGUUAUGAGUUUUGAGUGGAAAAAUUUGUGUCAAAAAACUGAGAAUUUAUUAUAGAAUUGGUAUCAAAGUAUUAACGAAUGAUUUUUGUAAAUGUAUUGUCGAAAUUUGUAUCAAAAUAUUAAUUAAUUGUCGUUGGGCUAGGGUUUGUCCCACUCAGCCCAUCUGUUAUGAGUUUUGAGUGCAAAAAUUUGUGUCAAAAAACUGAAAAUUUGUUAUAGAAUUUGUGUCAAAGUAUUAAGGAAAGGUUAAUUUGUUGCCGAAAUUUGUACCAAAAUAUAAAUGAAUUGUCGUUGGGCUAGGGUUUGUCCCACUCAGUCCAUCUGUUAUGAGUUUUGAGUGCAAAAAUUUGUGUCAAAAAACUGAAAAAUUAUCAUAGAAUUUGUGUCAAAGUAUUAAGGAAUGG